UUCUCAUAACCACACAGACUUUGAAGGGGAUUAUUUUUGGAUUCUAUUUAAAACUGGAGAGGUUUGGGACUUUUAUACCAAAGAUUGUUAUCAUUUGUUAUAUUUUCCAUUUUAUCCGUUUGCAUUCUAAAGUAAAAGCGUAAGUGACAGUGAAUGUGACAGAAUGUGAUAAUUGCUGUGUUUUGUGGUGCUCUCAAGGCUACAGGUGCUUUUUACACCUGCUGUUACCAUAACGACCAGGUCUUUCCUGUCAGAGCUGUGUUGCUGGUUUGUUGCGAAGUGAAUUUCAACCAAAUAACUCUUCAAAUUACUGCAGUAGCUGUGUGUGACAAACUGAAAAAAAAAAAAACAGUAAAAGUGUUUUAACAAGAUGCUGUGACAUGAUACAUGUAAGUAGGACAACCUCUGGAUUAAAUAGUGGUGUAUCAGCUCCUUCUUAUGGGGUCAGCAAAGUCAAAGAUCGUGAAGUAAAGUUUGUUCCUCAUAAAUGAUUGUACUCUAGUUUAAGACACAAUUAUUUCAUAAAAUACUGUAAUCAUGGGCUCCUCAAAGAAAUGGCUAAUUCCUCGCCACUCGAAACUGUACAUUGUGGAGGGAGACUCCCAGUGUCCAGACUCCAGUGCUCACAAAGACAGCUCGUUCAGCCCCUCUCCGUACCUGCGCAGCUCUGAGCGCUUCACUGACAGCUCUGCUCCGGUCUCCAGGGGGCCCACAUGUGUGCCCACCGCCAAUUCCGCCAGCUUGGCCUGGGCACUGCGGACUCGCCACCAACCAGCCAGUUUGGCCCUCCGCAAGCAGGAGGAGGAGGAGAACAAGAGAUGCAAGGCGCUCUCAGACAGUUAUGAGCUAUCAACAGAUCUGCAAGAUAAAAAGGUGGAAAUGUUGGAGAGAAAGUAUGGAGGAUCAUUUGUAAGUCGCAGAGCAGCACGUACCAUUCAGACGGCCUUCAGGCAGUAUCGCAUGAACAAGAACUUUGAACGCCUCCGAAGCUCUGCCUCCGAGAGCCGCAUGACCCGCCGCAUUAUCCUGUCCAACAUGAGACUGCAGUAUUCCUUUGACGAGCGCCAGCCACAGCAACAAGCCCAAACACAGACAAGCUUCACCCACAGUGUGGCUAUCGGCCCCCCUCACUCCCCAGACGCAGACCGCCCCGGAGACUACACACACCUGGAGGACUCCUUCUCCAAGCAGGUGAAGUCACUGGCUGAUUCCAUUGAUGAUGCCCUCACCUGCCGCACCAGUCGUAAUGAUUCGCAGGAGGGGAGCCGAGAAGGCGGUGGACUGAGUGAAGACUUUGGGGAGUGUGUGUGGAGUAGCAGCAGUAACCCUUCCUCUCAGAGGGGGCUGGGGGACAGACCCAGGGGUCCAGGGGGAGGACUGAGCAUGCACGGAGACAGCACUGCCACCUCCUACAGUGAUGUCACACUCUACAUGGAUGAUGGAAUGCCCUCCUCCCCUCUGUCCCUGGACCGAGCCCCCAGCAGUACAGACACAGAGUACUGGGGCCCCGGGACAGGUGUGGGGGGCAGGGAGGACAGCAGGGACACAGAAGGGGGAGGGAGCAGUAACAGCCGCCGCAGCACCCCCUGCACAGAGUGUCGGGACUAUAGACUGAGAGGAGCUCAUCUGCCUCUGCUCACCAUCGAACCGCCCAGUGACAGCUCCGUGGACAUGAGCGACCGCUCCGACCGUGGCUCUCUCAGCAGACAGCUGGUGUAUGAACAGGAGUCUGGGGUCUCAGGCUCCCCUCAGGGAACCCUCAAACACUCCCCAGGCACCGGGACGCGACCCUCGUCUACAGCCGCUGCACAGGGCCAGACAAGGCCCACAGGCCGUCCUAUCCCCACACACAUCCCUCACCAGGUAGUGGCCCAUCAUCAUCACCACCACCCCAUCCACCACCACCAGUACCCCGACACUCCCUCCUCCUCUUCCUCUCCUCAGCAGCCCCCCACCACACCGCUGUCCUCCUCAUCCUCCACAGUGCUGCCCCCUGGUGGUUUGGAACAGCCCUGUUGCUCAGAUGGAGACAAUGACUCCCUGAACUCCACCACAAACUCCAAUGAGACAGUCAACUGCAGUUCUGGCUCAUCAUCCCAGGACAGCCUCCGGGAGCCCCUCCCACCUCUGGGAAAACAGACCUAUCAGAGGGAAAGCCGCCAUAGCUGGGACUCUCCGCCAUUCAACAGUGAUGUAGUGCAGAGACGGCAGUAUCGCAUUGGUCUUAAUCUAUUCAACAAGAAGCCAGAGAAAGGGAUCCAGUACCUCAUAGAAAGGGGGUUUGUAUCAGACACUCCAGUUGGCAUUGCUCGCUUCAUCCUGGAGCGGAAAGGCCUGAGCCGACAAAUGAUUGGAGAGUUUCUUGGAAAUCGACAAAAACAGUUCAACAAAGAUGUUUUAGACUGUGUGGUGGAUGAGAUGGAUUUCUCAGGGAUGGACCUUGAUGAUGCUUUGAGGAAAUUUCAGGCUCAGAUCAAAGUUCAAGGAGAAGCCCAGAAAGUGGAGAGACUCAUAGAAGCAUUUAGUCAGAGGUACUGUGUGUGCAAUCCAACCCUAGUCCGGCAGUUUCAAAACCCUGACACCAUCUUCAUCUUGGCCUUUGCCAUAAUCCUCCUCAACACAGAUAUGUACAGUCCCAAUGUAAAAGCUGAGAGAAAGAUGAAACUAGAUGACUUCAUCAAGAAUCUCAGAGGUGUAGACAAUGGUCAGGAUAUCCCGAGAGACUUGCUUGUUGGAAUCUACCAGCGAAUACAGAAAUGGGAACUCCGGACAAAUGACGACCAUGUGUCCCAAGUGCAAGCUGUGGAAAGAGUCAUAGUGGGAAAAAAGCCAGUACUGUCUCUUCCACAUCGUCGUCUCGUGUGCUGCUGCCAACUCUAUGAGGUGCCUGAUCCGAACCGACCUCAGAGGACAGGGGUGCACCAGCGAGAGGUCUUUCUGUUCAAUGACCUCCUAGUGGUGACCAAAAUAUUCCAGAAGAAGAAAACCUCAGUCACUUAUAGUUUCAGACAAUCUUUCCCCUUGGUUGAGAUGCAAGUGCACAUGUUCCAAAAUUCAUAUUACCCUCACGGUAUUCGCCUGACCUCAGCUGUCCUGGGUGGAGAAAGAAAGGUUCUCAUUGUCUUUAUGGCUCCCAGUCAGCAAGAUCGCACUCGCUUUGUGAGUGACCUCAGGGAGAGCAUCGCUGAAGUGCAGGAGAUGGAGAAAUACCGAGUGGAAUCUGAGUUGGAGAAACAGAAAGGUGUAAUGCGCCCGAGCCUGCUGACUGGAGGUGUGGUGGGUGGUGUAGGCCUGAAGAGCGAAGUUGUUAAUGGCUCUUUAGGACGAACCAGUUUUGAUGACAACUGUUCAAUGGGUGAGGGCCUCAAACGCACUGCGCUCAGCUCUUCUCUCAGGGACCUCUCCGAGACAGGGAAGCGUGGCCGCAGGAACAGUGUUGGUUCUCUGGACAGUACCAUGGAAGGCUCUGUCAUUAGCAGCCCACAGCCGCACCAGCGUUAUGCAGUGCCUGGGGUUGUCACUGGAUGUUAUGGAUCAGAAGACUUCCGGCCUCACCGCCCCAUCCUGAGCCCCGGAACGGGGGUGGGGGGUGGGCCGGGGCAGCAACAUACCACUGCUGGGACAGGAGUUGGGGGAGUCUCCAGCAGUGUAGAGAGAGCAGGAGCGGGGAGCGGCCCUGGGGGGAGCAGCAGCAACAACAGCGGCUCUUUCCUGGGCUCACUAUUCGGCAGCAAGCGCGCCAAACCACCUGGGCCCCUUAUUCCACCGGGGCCACCGUACCCCGCACCUGUCCCCCCACCGACUACAGGGGGGCCCCCUCCUCACUCCCCAUCAUCUCUUUGCCAACUAGAGGGGGGGCCUACCAAGAUUCAAGCCCUGCAUGCACAGUACUGUCACGCGAACACCGUGCAGCCACCUCCACCCUACUAUCAUCACCAUCGUUACCACGUCCAACCUAUCACACCACCUUUACAAGGAGUUUCCCCUCUUACCUUACAGAGAGGCCCGCUACCCUGUCGGCCCCCCCUCGGCCCGCCGCCGCUUACACCACACCCGCAGCUGGCCCAUCUCUCCCAGCUAUCUCAGCAUGGGCUUCAGGGUCGCUUCGGCAACAUGGUGGUGGGGUGUCCCCCGCCCCUUUCUCCUCACUCCCAGCAUUCCCAGAACCCCCUGGCCCUGUACCACGUGCAGCCCACACACUCAGUCAGAGGGGGAGGCGGCCCUGGUACCAAACCUCCACUAACCCUGUCCCAUUCCCACCCGCACCCCCACGCACACUCCCAAACCCACCCCGGACACGUGCACACACCACACCCGGGUACACACUCCAGCCACCAAACACACUUCAUAUUCGGCACUCUGCCCCACAAUCUACCCUCCGCUACCGUGAAUGCGCAUCACGCAGCCUCCGCCGGCCCGUAUCUGCCCCAGUACCCUCCUCUUUCUUCUAUCCCCCCCCCCCACCGCACUCCCCUUUACCCCCCCUUCGUCCCCCCUUACCCCUCUUACCCCUCUCUCCCCUCACCCCCCCCAGCACCCCGGGCCGCCUCAGCAGGCGCCAUCUGUGACGGGGGCUGGGGCGACAGGUACCGUGGGCAGCUCCAAAUCCAAACCUAUCAACCGGAUAAGUACCGUAGUGUGAGCCGCACUUGGUCUCGGAGUCAGCGCCUAGACGACCGGAUGGAGCACAGAGCCAGAGGCCGGACCAAAGCAUUGCGCACCGAGAGCAACAGCAGCAGCAUGGUGGACAAGAGGAAACGCAGCCUGCUUCGCCUUUGCUACUUCCACCUGAGGUUCCCCCAUAUGUAGUUGGAGCUAUGAACAGGAACACUUGAAAUGCGCCAACACACAAUCAGAAAAGUCGAUAGCCAUAAGAUGAAAAACUAUAUACUUAUAUAUAUCUUCAGUUUGAAUUGUUCAAAGCCUAAUUAAACAUGUAUAAGACUAUUUACAUGUGCAGUAUCUUUGUGAUAAUGUGACAACAGAUCAAUGAAGACCAUAUUGUACCUUCAGCUGCUUACACAGGGAACACAAAAGAAGUCUGCCAGGGUUGCCAAAAUGUCUCUGACUGCAAUAAUUUACUUGGCUUUAUGAUGUCUGUCGAUUCUUGCAGGUCCUGCUUUGUGGCAUUUUUUUUCUUAAACAAAAAAUAGUAAGACCUCACAUUUUUUGCUUUGUUUAAAAUUAUUAAAUGAGUGCACGAUUACCUAAUUGUCUUUUGCUUAAGGCUAUCUGUUACACAAGGCCACCCGGCUUUAAACACAUUCCUUGUGGGGUGUGAGACUCAAUGAUACAAUCAAUAAUUUAAUUUGAAUGUUUCCGAAGCUUUUUGCUGUUUUAUUGUUAUUAUAAUAUACCUGCUAUGAGUAUGAUGAAUAUUGUUCUAUAAUUGUUUUGAUCAGUGACUAUAUCGGCAGAUGUAUGUAAGUGGUUAUAGAAAGUAUAUGCACAUAUAAGUCUCUACAUUUUGCCAUUGCCCCUAGAGGGUGAUCUAACAUGUGAAGUGUACCCCUGUUCUUUUACUAAAUUAAUUUGUAAUUUAUCUAAGUAUUUAAAAUAAUGAAUGUGAUUUUGUUCAAUUACUUUAAUCACCAAAUCUAAAAUUGUUUUGAGGUUUGUGUACUUAUUACAAACCUGGCCAUUCACCUUUUCAUAAUUUGAAUCUGGAAUGUGGAAUAGAAGUUUUUUUCUUCUUUGUGCCACCUGUGACCUUUGGUGUCGAUUAAGACACCUUCAUUUUAUGUCAAACUAUGUUUUGAAGAAGCACGAUUUCACCUGAGGUUUUGUGAUUUUGCACACGUGAUGUCUGAACUUAAUGGCCUUUUUCUAAUUCUCCCUUUCUUGCCAUUAGAGAUAUCUUUAUAUAUUUUCAGAUGCCUUUGCAUCUAGGGGAGGGCUUCUUGUUUGAAAAGUCAAGAAUGUAAAAUAGCCUUCAGCUUUUGUGUAUCCCCUUUUGCUACUACAUUUGAGGCACUGAAACCUUUGCUUUUGGUAACACAGAUGAGCAAAGGUCAUACUUCUUAGUUAAGAUGGAUACAUUGAAAUGGCAAGAACAAAACACCUAGGAUACUUGUAUGGUUAGGGGAGAUUCAAGAAUGUGAAAUUAAAAAAUAUUAAUGUAUGUGCUAUUCUUUUACAGUGUCUUUUGACUCUUUUGCAUGAAUAUGUCAGCACUUAUUGAAUAGAUUAUAUUGUAUAAACCUGAAUGUACAUAAUAUAUUAUAUAAGCUUCUCAUAACAAUGGGAUAUACUGCCAUUAUGUUUUCAGGUACGUGCAUGUGACUGCCGCUCAGUAUGUACAUAAAGAGAAAUGAAGGCCAAAAGAAAUUAAUAUCCUUUCAUUUAUUUUAAUUUAGACUGAAGGUGCGAGGAUGUGUUUUUGUCAACAGUGCAACAAUUAAAGCCUAAAACUUUACAUUGGUGCAUUUAUUACAAUUAUUUUAAACAAAAUGUUUAAAUUGUAUUCAUGUAUGUAUAGGCCUAUGUGUGUUUCUUUUGGAAGAAUAGAGAAUUGAGAUGUGAAUAUUUAUUGCUACUGAUAAAUUAAAGUGUCC